AUGCCUGAAGGGAAACUGAGAUCAGGAGUUUACAGAUCAUUCAUAAUGUGUGAUGAUCCAAGAGGAGUUGUGGAAUGUGGAGCCAUAAAGAAACAGAGUAGUAAAAGCCGUAGUAGCAUUUGUAAUGGUACUAACCAGAGAUGUGACCAACCUUUAAAAGCCAAAGAAAGAUCCGAAAUGGCGCCGAGGAAGAGCACCGAGGAAGCUUCUUCGUUGCAGCUCUUGAGAGUCUCUAAAGGGAUUCAGAAACUAAACGUUGCGAUUGAGUCAUGGUCUAAAGGGUUGAGCUAUGAAGCUGCGAGGCCUGAGGAUAUAGCGAAAGAUUUGUUACGAGGCGCGCUUGAUUUGGAAGAGUCUUUAGCUAUGCUUAGUAGUAUACAAGAGGAUGAUAACAAACAGAAACCGAGGAUUAGUAGUAAAGACGGAAGAAGCGAUUUGCGGUUUCAGAGAUCAAUGUCUGAUAGAUUUGGAGAGCGGAUCGAGAAACGGAUGAUGAGUCAAGAGAAUGGAGCAUCAAGAGAUUGUUAUGAAGAGCUAAGGAAAGUGAUUAGAGAGAGUUUUCUUAGGCAGAAUCUUCUGCCACAAACUACAACUACAACGACUAAGACUCGCGUUGUUAGAAGUGAUUUUGCUUCCUCUUCUGGAGCUGCGUCGUCAUCAACGAGCUCGAGCCAAUCUUCUAUGGUCUCUGGCUCUACAAAGUCCUCUGCAUCAUCUGAUAUUCCACGGAAAGCCCCAAGUUUGAUUGCUAGGCUUAUGGGUUUGGAUGUAUCUCCUCAAGAACCGAACAAAAGCACGGUGAAUCACAUUGAUAAGCCGGAUAUCAUAAAGCUUUCAACAGAAAGACAAGAGCAGCUGAAGAAUAAGAAGAAAGAGAGUCAUGAAAUUGUGAGAUGCAACAACUCUACAAGAGAAGCUCUUGUACAAUCUUUGCCUGAAGAGCUUCAGAGUGAGAAUCCCUCCUCAACUAUUGUACUCAUCAGACCUAUGCGCAUUGUACAGCAGGAAAUGGAAGAAAAACCGGGAAACAAAAGGCCGGUUUUACCCAGGAAACCGAGAAUGCAAGGGGAGGUUCAUCCAAAAAUGAUUAACCAGAGAAAAGAUCAUCAAGCCAAGGGAGCGAGUAAAAAAAGCUGCAACAAAAUGAAACUACCAUUAAGUCUGACCAAGAAAGAAAGAGAACCGAAAGAAAUGGUGCGCAAAGUUGAAGGGAAUGAAGGUAAGGUGAUGAAGCUAAUGUCUACAAGCAAUGCCAAACCUGUAACAAGAGAACGAAAACCGAUGGAAACCAACAAAAAGCGUCACGUCAAGAAGGAGGAUAUUGGUGAAGGAAAAGAUAGAUGUAGAGCUCAUGACCGUGCUAUUAAGCCACCGAAUAAUCCUACGACUCACAAGAAACGGAGCAGUCCUGCAGACAUGUCAAGUAACAAGAGUCGGAGUUCCAGGUUGAGCUCGAGCUCUAGUAGUGAUGAGCAGAAAAGUAAUACUCGGUUAAAGAAGUCUGGUGAGGCUAGUAGACCAAAUGCCAAGAAGAAACUCCAUCAACAAGACAAUGACCUCGCUUCGGAGAAUAAUUCAGGUUCGUCACAGGACACACGCGGAUCAAUAAACCAACUUUCUGCAGAGGAAACCACUUCUUCAGAGCUUCACAUUCAAGGCCAUUGCAACAACGGAGAAGUUACUUCUUGUGCAGCUACAGUUCAGCAUUCUCGUGAGCCAGAAACCUCCCAAAUCUUUCUUAAAUCAUUCUUAUCCAACUCCCCAGAUUUCAUCACCUACGCAGAUAAUCUCUUCGAGUUCAACACCAACACCAAAAGAAGCCAAGAAUCAACCUUUCAUAACAGAGACAGCAUUGUGAUCUCAGACCAAAGACUUGCACUAGACUUUGGCAAAGAAGUAGCCAAAAGGAGAAGCCUUCUUCUCAUUGCGGAACCAACUUGCCCCCAAAGAAGCUCUGUGGACAUUGAUGAGUUGUUAAUGGAAGUCUGUGAUGGGUUUGAGUCCAUGAAAAGUUACAGAGACACGUUCUUAGGACAGAACAGCUUUGUUAAAGAGAGCAUCCACAUGAUUUUGGAGAAGGAUUUAAAGAGUAAGAAGACAGAGAUGACAAGUGGAGUUUGGGAUUUGGGUUGGAGAAGUGAGUUUCAGAUCGAUGAAACUCAUCAAGCUGUAGCUGACUUAGAGAAACUUAUCUUGUCUGGUUUGAUCCAAGAAAUUCUCUCUUAG